AGCGUCUCCGGAACACACCUCAAUGAGAGCGGCGGUGGACACAGCUGAGCAGAGAGACGUCCGCAGGCUCCGCGUCCGCUGCCGGGAGCCCAAGGGGAUGUAACCUGCGCCGCUCCGGGCUGCGCGGUGCGGAAGCCCCAGCCGAGCCGUGGGGGUGGGAGCGCGUGCGGCCAGCAUCGCUACAGGUGAUCCGGUUUCCGGCGACGGGAAGCCCAACCUCGAGGGCCAAUUUGGAAACAGGCUCCUGGUGAAAGUCCCAUUGGCUUGUCCGGUGCCAUCUGUGGAAGGACGGGGGAAGACUGCACGCGAAACUCUCCAGGUGGAUACAUUGAUGCCCAGGCUUUGAAAAGUGACUCCUCCCGUCCUCUCCUCUUCUUUCCGCGAGACAGACGGGAGCCAGCAUGGCUCACCCCUUACUCCUCUGUCUGCUGGCCGCGCAGCUGGGCUUGGGAGCGGUGGCGGCCAGCCGCGAGCCCCUGCGACGGCCGGAUUCCCCUCGAGAGAGGACCCUGAAGGGGAAACAGCACGUCCUGCCUGCGGCCCGCGCGGCUGCCUCAGACCCUCCGCUGCCCUGGAGCCACUCCACGGAUGGCACCAUCUUGGCGCAGAAACUGGCCGAGGAGGUGCCGGUGGACGUGGCCUCCUACCUCUACACCGGGGACUCCCUCCAGCUGAGGCAAGCCAACUGCUCGGGCCGCUACGAGUUGGCCGGCCUGCCUGGGAAGUCGCCGGCCCUCGCCAGCUCUCACCCCGCCUUGCACGGAGCGCUGGACACUCUGACACACGCCACCAACUUCCUCACUCUGAUGCUGCAGAGCAAUCAGUCGCGGGAGCAGAACUUGCAGGGCGACCUGGAGUGGUACCAGGCGCUGGUGCGCAGCCUCCUGGAGGGCGAGCCCAGCGUCUCCCGCGCGGCCAUCACCUUCAGCCCCGAGUCCCUGCCCGCGCCCGCGACCCCGCACGUUUUCCUCCAGGCCACGCGCGAGGAGAACCGCAUCCUGCUCCAGGACCUGUCCUCCUCGGCGCACCACCUGGCCAACGCCACGCUGGACACCGAGUGGUUCCACGGCUUCCGGCGCAGGUGGAGGCCCCACUUGCACCGCCGCGGCUCCCAUCAGGGGCCCCGGGGCCUGGGCCACAGCUGGCGGCGCAGGGACGGGCCCGGCGGGGAUAAAAGCCACAUCAAGUGGUCCCCGCCUUAUCUGGAGUGCGAGAACGGGAGUUACAAGCCCGGCUGGCUGGUCACUCUCUCCGCUGCUUUCUACGGGUUGCAACCGAACUUGGUCCCUGAAUUCAGGGGCGUCAUGAAAGUUGACAUAAGUCUUCAGAAGGUGGACAUUGACCAAUGCUCAAGUGACGGCUGGUUUUCAGGAACACACAAAUGCCACCUUAACAAUUCAGAGUGUUUGCCAAUUAAAGGCCAAGGAUUUGUGCUUGGAGCUUAUCGGUGCAUUUGCAAAACAGGAUUCUACCAUCCUCGCGUCUUCUCAGUGAACAACUUUCAGAGAAGAGGUUCGGAUCAGCAUUUUGGAGCAAAUGCAAAAGAUGUAUCUGAAGAAACCCAUGUCUGCCUACCCUGCAGGGAGGGCUGCCCCCACUGUGCUGAUGACAGUCCGUGCUUUGUCCAAGAGGAUACGUACUUGAGGCUGGCAAUCAUCUCCUUUCAAGCUCUGUGCAUGCUGUUGGACUUCAUUAGCAUGCUGGUGGUCUACCGCUUUCGCAAAGCAAAGAGCAUCAGGGCAUCGGGGCUUAUCCUGCUGGAAACAAUUCUUUUUGGAUCUCUGCUGCUAUACUUUCCGGUUGUUAUUUUGUACUUUGAACCGAGCACAUUUCGCUGUAUUCUCCUAAGAUGGGUUCGUCUUCUGGGUUUUGCUACUGUUUAUGGGACUGUCACUCUCAAGCUUCACAGAGUUUUGAAGGUGUUUCUGUCACGAACGGCCCAGCGGAUUCCCUACAUGACUGGUGGGCGGGUCAUGAGGAUGCUGGCAGUGAUCCUCCUGGUAGUGUGCUGGUUUCUCAUUGGCUGGACAUCAUCUGUGUGCCAGAAUUUGGAGAAGCAGAUUUCACUUAUUGGCCAAGGGCGAACAUCUGAUCACCUCACCUUCAACAUGUGCCUCCUAGACCGAUGGGACUACAUGACAGUGGUUGCCGAAUUUCUAUUCCUCUUGUGGGGUGUUUAUCUCUGCUAUGCCGUGCGGACAGUCCCAUCGGCAUUUCAUGAGCCACGCUACAUGGCUGUUGCCGUCCACAACGAGCUCAUUAUCUCCGCUAUAUUCCAUACAAUUAGAUUUGUUCUUGCCCCAAGGCUUCAGUCGGACUGGAUGUUGAUGUUGUAUUUUGCACAUACCCAUUUGACUGUGACCGUCACCAUCGGGCUGCUUUUGAUUCCAAAGUUUUCACAUUCAAGCAAUAACCCACGAGAUGAUAUUGCCACAGAAGCUUAUGAAGACGAGCUGGACAUGGGCCGAUCUGGAUCCUACCUGAACAGCAGUAUCAAUUCGGCCUGGAGUGAGCACAGCUUGGAUCCCGAGGACAUUCGGGAUGAGCUAAAGAAACUCUAUGCCCAAUUGGAAAUAUAUAAAAGGAAGAAGAUGAUUACAAACAAUCCCCACCUCCAGAAAAAGCGGUGCUCUAAGAAGGGCUUGGGUCGUUCCCUCAUGAGACGUAUCACAGAGAUCCCGGAGACUGUCAGCAGGCAGUGUUCCAGAGAAGACAAGGACGCCGCGGACCAGGGCCCCGUCAAAAGCACUGCCCUCCUCAGGAAGAACCCCCCGGAGUCGUCAUGCCAUUCUGGGAAAGCCAAGGAGGAGUCCCUGAAAAACCGCGUCUUCUCACUCAAGAAAUCCCACAGCACGUACGACCACGUCAGAGAACAAUCAGAAGAGUCCAACAGCUUACCGACAGAAAGCCAAGAGGAGGAGGCUACAGAAACCUCCACGCUAGAGUCUCUGUCGAGUAAAAAACUCUCACGGACACUGAGAGAACACAGUGAGUCUGUGUCCACAGAGUCGGCGCCUUUGGUGUGUAAGUCCGCAAGCGCUCACAACCUCAGCUCCGAGAAGAAGCCCGGGCACCCCCGAAUGUCCAUGUUGCAAAAAUCUCUCAGUGUCGUAGCAAGUGCCAAGGAGAAAACUCUUGGAUUAGCUGGGAAAACCCAAGCAUCAGGUGUGGAAGAGCGUGCUAAACUCCAGAACCCCCUGCCAAAGGGUAGGGAGACCCACAGGGCACAUUCAAAUUCUGCUCACACUGAGACGAAAGAUUCUGUGCCCGCACACUCCAAUCAUCUGGAGGAGUCCCGAAAACUGCAGAAAGCUGGAAUUAUGAAGCAACAAAGGGUCAGCACCCCCACUGCCACUCCUGACAUGAGCCCAGGCUCCACACAGGCGAAAGACCACUUUGACGUCGGAGAAGUGUGCCCCUGGGAGAUGUGUGACCUGGCCCCGGCGCCUGUGCCUUCAGAACCCAAAGUUCAAAAACACGUAUCUAUCGCCGCUUCUGAAAUGGCGAAAAACCCAACUUCUUCCCUGAAAGAAAAACCGCCACUGAAGGCCCAGGCAGCAGACACGGGUGAGCCAUUGAAUCCAAAGAGCACAGAUCCGGCCGAGGUGAAGCCUUGGGAGGGCCCAGGCCAGGCCCUUCAGGAAGAUAACAAGCCUGUGAUUCCUAAGACUCCGGUUCUCCCUGUGAGACCUCAAGAAGAGAGUGCUAGUCAGCACGGUGCCACCACUGUGUGUCCUGGGCAAUAUGAAGACCUGCCCCCCAAAGUGGUCGCAUCGAAAAUCGAGCGUGGAAAUCUCAACCCAAUAGGAGCCCCAGGCAGAAAGACACCUUCCCCUGAGGACAACGUGGUGCCUGCCUCCUGUCACUCAAGUAACCACGCUCAGCAACCUGUUGUCGCACGAGCCGAGGUGUGUCCUUGGGAGGUGGAGAGCACAAGUCAGCCAAAUGCUGGCAAAAAUGUAGUUUUACCUGCCUCUUCUGCUUUAAGUGCAAAUAAAGUAACAGGACCUCAGAAAUAAGAGGCGUAGGAAACUUGUCAAGUGAAGCAUCCCCCAGAAGGAGAAGGAGAAGGAGGAAGCCUCGAAUUCGAUAUAAAAACUGAAGAUACGAGGAUCCAAAAAUUCCCAAGGAGUAUUUGUGUGUUAAGGGAAAUGUGAGAGAGAAUGAGACGAAGUCAAAGGCAGGGAAAUAAAGAAAACGAGGAAGAGGAGGAGCCACAGACAAUAAUCCUCAUGGAAAAGUCAGACUUUGGUCAAGAUGGGGCAUUCCCAAAGGCACAAGAAGAAAACCCUUACACGUCGGCAUGUCCUCAGUGUUUGUCCUGAUCGCGUUCUUACCCAUGGGACUUUGAAGACCCUAAGGCAGGAAAGCCAGAAGAUGGAGACGAGGCUUGGUCUUUGCAGUAGAGGAAAGAAGUAGACACGCUGUGACUGAGAUGCUGAGUAGCCUACAGAAAAGGGACUCCCUUUAACUAUUUAACCUUGAUAGCACUACUAACCUAAUGUAGCCCCCAAAACUUUUAUAUUGAUGAUUGCUCUCAUUUUCUUAUAUAAAUGUAUGUGUCAGUACAUUGUUGUGUCUCAUAUUCAAGCAUUCCAAAUUGUAUAAUUUUUGCAAAUAACUUUGAUAUAUGACACAACACAUUUAUGCAAUCUGCAGCUACUCAAUUGUUAUUGCAACUUCCAAUACUACCUGCUGUCAACUUCAGUUGAUUCUUAAAGUAUGUACGCUUUCUCUGGCUUUGGAAGCCAUCGAUGUUAUGGUAAAAUCUUUUAGUUUGGGCUGUGAUUUAUAUAUUGUGAAUUUGGAUUUGAUUUUAUUAUUUCUCAUCAUGGUUUGUUAUACUGUAUUAAUCAGGUAUAUAUAUAUAUA